AGUGAGAGGAAGAAAAAGAGAGCGACAGAGUGCUGAGUGCAGACGAGGAGACUAGACUGAAGGAAGCAACAUGUACUUGAUCAGGAAAUUUCUUGCCUUCUGUGUACUCCCGGGGUUGGUGUGGAUGAAUCCGGCUGUAACUGAAAAGCCAUCAUGUUGUUAUGUGAUGCUCUCUAACGGUUCGGCCAAUUACACACUGAACUUCCCGGUGACAUUUGAAAGCUUCUUCUGGAACAAAAACAAUGUAGCCAUAAAGGAUGAGGAUGGCAGCAUAAACAGUGACGUCCUCAACUUUGGAGCUAACUGGAUUCUUCUAAACCAGAAUUACUCUGGUGUUGAAUUCAGCUCGACCUCUCCAGGCAGACCGAUAAACACAAAAUUUCCAAUUCUGUGUGCAGAUCCGUGCAACUCUGGCAAGGUGAAUCGCCUGAAGGAAGGUGGAGGAGGUGACAGAGGUGAAGGAGGACAUGGAACUGAUGGAACUGGUGGAGACUUCACGACUGCAAUCAUUGGUGUCAUUGCUGUCAUCAUCAUCAUCAUCUUCAUCAUCAUCAUCAUCAUGUGGAAAUUAGGAUUCUGCAGUAAGCACACUGCUAACAGACCUAAAGCUAACCCUGCUAACGGAGGGUUCCGGGCUGUACCUCAGGAGGAUCAGGAGGAGUCCGGAGUGUGAUGUGAUGGAGCAUCAUAUAGAGUUACACUGGCUGUAGAUGAUUAGUGCUCUUUACUUCCUUUUUCCUCUCUCUCUUUCCGAGUUAGAACCUCGAACUCACAGAUUAAUAAUGUCAGAAGCCGAGACUGCACUCAGGACCUACAGAAGCUUUUCUAGACUUUUCUGCAGUCAGAUCAGUCAAAACAUCACAAUGAACAGCUAGGUGUUGAUCAGCAACACGGGGGCAACGUGACAUGAGUCGGUUUCACAGACAGGUGUGGGGACUCUUUAGGAAAGGCUGUGAUGUCUCAUGCAGCUGUGCACAGAUGCAGAAAUCUCAGAGUGAUGAGUGAAUCAUCAGUCUGUUUAUCACCACCACACACACUCUACAUCACACACACACACACACUCCGUCUGGACAUCACACACACACUGCACUUCCUUUAUAUCAAUCCAUCACACACACACAGCACUUCCUCUUACCCUCUGUGUCUUAUCUGCUCUCUCACUAUAUAAACUGAUAUAAACUGAUUGUGUAUCUAAACAACACACCCUCAAAUAUUAUAUUACUAUUAUUAUCAUUAUAUUACAUUAUCUUAUAUGCUCUAUUAUUAUUAUUAUUAUUAUUAUUAUUAUUAUUAUUAUUAUUAUUAUUAUUAUUAUUAUAACAGUACUGGUGUGAAGUCAGUACUAGAUUUGAGGCUAACAGGUGUUUUAUUUCACCAUCGUAACUUAAAUGUCAUUUUGUGAUUUCUAUUCUUUCUUUUGCUUAAAUUUGGCCAUUAAAGUG